UAUAGGACUUAACAUAUAAUGCUGACUCACUUUGUAUUUAUAUUCAAUUGUGAACUGAGUCAUCAGAAGAGAUGAUUUUGUUUUAGAUUGGAAUACUUAGCAUCAACUCGUUUUUUUGUUAAGCUCUUUCUCAUUUGAUUCACAAGCCUUUCCAACUGCUACUGCAGGUUGAAUAAAAUUUCUGAUGUAGAAGAUUGAAUGUUAUUACAAAAUCUUCCAAAUGACAUGGUUAAUUCAACCAGUGGUUACUGUCUUACGCAGUGCUGAACUUUACCUCAAAAGCAAACAAUGUUUCAAAUUUUGGUAAAGUUUUGUUUUUUUAAAAAGAUUCUGAAAAUAUAGUUACAUUUCUGUAGACCAACCUAUAUGAAACCAACAAAGUUUGUUUUUAUUUUUCUAACAUUCUUAUGCAUGUUUUACAGAAGUGCAGUUCUGCUGUAUUUUAAUCUUUGUAAAUAUUCAGAUUUCAUUUUGUAAUGGGGAAAAAAUCUUUCCCAAUUUCAAAAAUUUCUUUGGUUUAUACUGGCAAUAUUAACAAAAAAUGGAUUUUUGCAGCAAGUCAAUAACUCUGCUAAAGACAAGAAUUCUUAAGAACGUAAUUCAGAUUUGUAUUGAUUUAAGAACCUUUUAAAGGAAUAAAUAAAACCAGCUAAUGGCAUUUUUGGUGAUGGUAGUGAUUGGGAGAAUUGGUGGUGUUUUCAGUACGUUAGAAUUUACUAUUGAACUCAGCUGAGGACCAUGCAAAAUACUAUUUUCUCUGGUAGAAUUUUAUAUACAAGUCUAGAGUAGUUAUUUUUAAGAUUGUAAGUUUGUACUGAUUUCUGUCAGCUUUUCAAUUGAAAAAUGACUCAUAUAUUGUGAACAGUUUGAAGUUGUAUUCAGUGUUUACCAACUUUCAUUUUGUUGGCAAUUUGAAUAGUUGAAUGUGUAAUAAUAAUGCUGGCACAUGUGUUUUUAUGCCAUAGCUGAUACUGUUAGAGCUCAUUUUAAUUAUUAAUUAAGGUGGUGAAGAUUCCUCUCAUUUCUCCGAGGUUAAUAAGUAACUACAGAUGGCCCCGAGUAGUUGAAUUCUUAAAUGCAUGACUUCCUCCUGUGAUGCUUAACCUACUGUCCCAAUCUGCCGUAAAUGGUUGUCAAUCCACAGACAUCAUAUGUCCAGUAUAUUUAAACCUUUGUGACCUGGAAGUUAUUGAAGGCAUGGAAUUUUAGGCUUGAACUACUGUUUUCCUCCUGCUCUUGACCAAGCAUGUUUUAUGGUGUUUCAUUCUUAACUUGUUUACAUUCAGGCAAAGCAAGGGAGCAACCAACUAGAGUUGAUGCCGACAUCAUACCAAAAGUUGCAAAAAUGACAGUAUCUGGAAAACAAGUAACAGGAUUUAAUAUACCGAGAGCAAAUGCUGAUGAGAAUGACCACCUCCAAAAGGGUGCAGUGCCAAAUGAAGUUUUUCCAUCUGCCCUGCUGGAGACUUCUCUGAAGCCAAAUGCUGUAGGUUCUGUUUCCCCUUUAAAUGAAGAAACAACAGUGGUUCAGACACCAAGCAAAGUCUCUACCAAAACAAGACAGCAGCUUGAUGUGAAAGUUGAACUUGAAAAAAGGCAAGGAGGAAAGCAGCUUCUGAAUCUGGUUGUUAUUGGCCAUGUAGAUGCAGGCAAAAGUACUUUAAUGGGCCAUGUACUCUUUCUUCUGGGCAAUGUAAACAAACGUGUCAUGCACAAAUAUGAACAAGAAUCAAAAAAAGCAGGAAAAGCCUCAUUUGCCUUUGCUUGGGUUCUGGACGAAACAGGUGAAGAAAGGGAAAGAGGUGUAACAAUGGAUGUAGGAGUGACAAAGUUUGAAACUAAGACAAAAGUGAUCACAUUAAUGGAUGCACCAGGUCACAAAGACUUCAUUCCAAAUAUGAUUACAGGUGCUGCACAGGCUGAUGUUGCAAUCCUAGUUGUAGAUGCAAGUCGUGGAGAAUUUGAGGCUGGAUUUGAGGCUGGUGGGCAGACAAGAGAACAUGCAUUGCUUGUUCGCUCUCUUGGUGUAACACAGUUGGCUGUUGCUGUUAACAAGAUGGAUCAGGUGAAAUGGCAACCUGAAAGAUUUAAAGAGAUUUCUAUCAAACUUGGGCACUUCUUGAAACAAGCAGGUUUCAAAGAUUCUGAUGUUGCUUACAUUCCUACAGCUGGUUUGACUGGCGAGAAUUUAACUGCUAGAAGUCAAGUUGCAGAACUCAGAGCCUGGUACAAUGGACCUUGCCUGUUAGAGCAGAUUGAUUCUUUUAAAUCACCUCAAAGACCAGUGGAAAAACCAUUUAGAUUGUGUGUGUCAGAUGUUUUUAAAGAUCAAGGAUCAGGAUUCAAUGUUGCAGGUAAAAUUGAAGCAGGAUAUGUUCAGACUGGAGAUCGAGUGCUGGUUGUCCCUCCAAAUGAAACUUGCACAGUUAAAGGAAUCACCUUGCAUGAGGAGCCACUCGAUUGGGCUGCAGCAGGGGAUCACGUCAUUCUCACUGUCACUGGUGUGGAUAUUAUAAAAAUAAAUGUGGGAUGUAUUUUUUGUGAUCCAAAAGCACCAAUAAAAACAUGCACAAUGUUUAGAGCUAGAGUUCUUAUUUUCAAUAUUGAUAUUCCAGUCACGCAAGGUUUACCAGUUUUGUUACACUACCAAACAUUAAGUGAACCAUGUACAAUCAGAAGACUGGUGAGUGUCCUGCACAAGAGUUCAGGGGAGGUGCUUAAGAAAAAACCAAAAUGUCUGACUAAAGGGCAGAAUGCCCUGAUCGAGCUACAGGCCCAGAGACCUGUUUCUUUGGAACUCUACAAAGACUUUAAAGAGUUGGGUCGUUUUAUGUUACGUUAUGGUGGCUCCACCAUAGCAGCAGGAGUGGUCACUGAGAUAAAAGAAUGAUUGCAGAGAGGAAUUUCCUAAUACUCAACUUAUCCUAAUUAAGAAUCAGGUCAAUGUGACAAGGUCCCACAACUGUAAAGGAUGUAGGAACUGUGGUUGGCAAAACAAAGUGCAAUUUAUAAUAACCUAAAGUUGAACUCCAGUGAAUGUGAAUUUGCCCUUCUGUAAUAUUGUACUCAAGGAAGCAAUUGACAGAAUGGUCUUCUCAGUUUAUUGACUCAUACUGCCAGUGAUACCUCCUCAAGCAUAGCUGCACUGUGUCUGCGAAGCAUCUGUGCAGCUCUGUGCAAUUACUUUUCUUGAUUUUUAUCUGUAUCCUGAACGUGUGCAUAAAAUGCAUUAAAAAAAAGGAUCAACUUAUAUUGGCUGCACGAUGACCCACAGUUGACAAAUA